AUGGGGAGAGGGAAGAUAGUGAUUAGGAGGAUCGAUAAUUCGACGAGCAGGCAAGUGACGUUUUCCAAGAGGAGGAAUGGGUUGCUGAAGAAGGCUAAGGAGUUGGCGAUCCUGUGCGACGCGGAGGUUGGAGUCGUCAUCUUCUCCAGUACUGGCAAGCUCUAUGAUUUCUCUAGCUCCAGCAUGAAGUCAGUGAUUGAACGAUAUAACAAAGUGAAAGAGGAGCAUCACCAAUUGGCCAAUCCGAGUUCUGAAGUCAAGUUUUGGCAGAGGGAAGCGGCAAUGCUCAGGCAACAACUGCAGAACUUGCAAGAGAAUCAUCGGCAAAUGAGGGGCGAAGAGCUUUCUGGUUUGAGUGUCAAAGAUCUACAGAACUUGGAGAACCAACUUGAAAUGAGCCUUCGAGGUGUCCGUAUGAGAAAGGACCAAAUGCUUAUUGACGAGAUACAAGAACUAAACCGGAAGGGUAGCCUCAUCCAUCAAGAAAAUGUUGAACUGUAUAAGAAGGUAAACCUAAUUCGUGAAGAAAAUCAAGAAUUGUACAAGAAGGUUUAUGGAACCAAGGAGGCGAAUGGAACUAACAAAACUGCACUUCUGACAAACAAUUUAAGCAUUCGAGAAGACCCUGAUGGUCCUGUACAUCUCCAGCUUAGCCAGCCACAACAAAACUAUGAGACGACAACAGGGGCAUCAAAACUGGGGUAACUGUUUAUUGGACUUAAAUUCUCUUUUAAAAUUACCAAUUAUGUUGUCAAUCCAACAUUAAACUCAAUUUUAAAAAAUAUUGCAGCAGAUUGCAACUCCAUUAGUAUGAAGAAAAUGCUGAGCUGAUUGCUUGUUGAUGAAGAUCCACCAUGCAUACAACACAAUGUUCAAUUCGUAAGGAGUGGUGCAAAAACCACAUAAUACUCAGAAAAAGUCUUCAAUUUCAUUGAA